AUGGCAUCAAUUUUCUAUUAUAACAAAUCCUUUUCAAUACUUCCAUUUCUAACUAUUUUCACUCUUUCCAUAAUAUUUCCUUCCUCCCAUUCUCAUGACACUCUGACAUUUGAUCCAACGAUUCCAUCCUGUGUGGCAUGCCAACAAAAUUUUUCUUCUGUAGAUUCGUGUACAAGUGCUUGCAUAGCUUUUCAAAACUUCAGUGCCGUUAUUUCCGACCCUUCUCGAUUUGGUGAUGCACUUCGGUGUGCAUGCUUAGACUCAUUUCAACAAGCCUAUGCACUCUGUUUGUAUUGUUUUCAAUUGACAAAUCAGACUCAAAAAUUUUUGGAUUCGAAAAAUAUACCACCAACAGUGGAUUCCGUUAGAUAUGCAUGUGCAUUUCUUAGCGCAGUUACUCAUAAUGCUAGCGGGUAUAAUGCAACAGCUACUGCAUCAACCUACAAGUUGUAUGACGGGAUAAUUGUUGGAGGUGCAGAAGCUCUAAUCAAUGUUGGAAUUGUUGGCAAGUGGAAAAUACAUUUGUGUUUUGAUUAUAAAUUACAAAACAUAGACACUACACUUAAUAAUAGUGGAAAAGGUUUUAAAACUGCUGCACUGAUUAAAAUAUUCGACAAACCUUCCAGUAAAUAUUGA